UAUAGGACGGGGCGGCGGGGCUGGGAGUCAGCAGGUGUCUCCGCUCCUCCGGUGCUGGUCUUCUGCACGCAUCUCCAGCAUCGGCUGCCCCAGGUGGAUCAGCAUGCGCGCCCUCUUGGCCAUCCUGUGCCAGCUGGCGACGCUGACGAUCGCUCAGGACCGUGAGUAUAAGAUCUGGGAUGCCAGCUACGGCAACCUCAUCUGCUUCAGCUGCUCGCUGGACUUCCGCUGGAAGCGCUUCAACGGACGCGAUCCCUGCUUAGGGCUGUACGAGCCGCUGAACAAGACCAACCUGGUGCGCUGCGGGCAGAACGAGAUCUUCUGCAAGGAGGACUUUCUGACGGGCAACGGGGUAUUGUGGACCGUGCACCGCCAGUGCACGGCCAUCUGCUACGCCGGGUGCCGCCCGCGCGGGUUCGGCAUCACCCACACCACCUGCACGCGCUGCUGCACCAAGCACGGCUGCAACUCCAGCCCGCCCGACCAGCUAGGCAGCGGUUACCAAUCCAAGAAGCGCAACUAGCGGCGACGCCGCACCGUUGUCGCCGCUGCGGUCUUGCGAAAAUGUUUGUGUGGGUUCCCGGUAGGUUUUGCGAGGUUUCUGCGCGUUUGCGAGGCGUCGUUAUUUUUGGGGAAGGUUGAACCCGGCCUUACAUGGGCGGUUAUGCGCCAACGCAGGUUUUGCCGCUGUUGUAUGCGCCAUUGUUUCGGAGUUUUCCAUUGGCACGUGCGAUGCUCGAGCGGUGCGCCGCCGAUGUGCGGUCGUUGCUCUCUGACAGCUGUCGCUCCGGG